AUGGGGAAAAUCAACUAUAUCUGGCGUUUCAUUCCUAGACUCGCUCAACUCGUUUCUUCAUUCACUCCUCUGUUGAAGAAAGGAGCAGAUUUUGCAUGGACAACCGUUCAACAAGAAACAUUUCAGAAAAUGCAACAAAUAUUACUAUCACCCGCUAUCAUGAAAUCUCCAGUGCAAGGACGACCGCUGAUACUUUACAUAGCCUCCAGUGAUGUCGCAAUUGGAGCACUCCUCGCUCAAGAGGAUGAAGAAAAUAUCAAAAGUCCAAUAUAUUACUUCAGUCGCACAAUGAGGGAUGCCCAACUCCGAUACCCAAAGGCUGAAAGGGCGUGUCUAGCAUUGGUUCACGCAAUUCAGAGGUUUAGACAUUAUUUACUAUCAAACAGAGUCGUGCUGGUGGCCAAAGAUGAUCCCAUAAAAAUUUUAAUGUCGAAACCUGCUUUGAUCGGGAGACCAGCAAAAUGGCUACUUCAAAUAUCAAAAUUUGACAUAGCGUGUGUCCCUCCAAAAGAAAUCAAAGGACAAGCAGUUACAGACUUACUUGCUGCUUUCCCUGGAGAAGACAUCACGAUGUUGCAUGAAGAAGUGCCCGUAUCUCCAUCCGGCGAGGUCUUCUCACAUUCAUUCAAGUUAUAUUUCCACUACACCAACAAUUCAGCAGAAUAUGAAGCUUUUCUCCUAGGGCUAUCUUUAGCCAAGAAGGCAGGAGCAAUGCACAUGGAAAUCAGAGGAGACUCAAAGUUUUUAGUCAAUAAAAUGAAUGGUGUGUACUCCCCCAAAGAAGUAACACUCGCUCCAUUCAGAGCCGAGGCACAACGAAUGUUAGCUCAUUUUUUUGAUGCAACAAUUGUCCAUACUGGACACACCCACAAUAGACAUGCCAAUUGUCUGGCGACUCUGGCAUCCAAAUUGCAAUUUGAAGGGUCAGAGAAAUCCAUCAUUGUGCAAAGACGUUCUGUAUCAUCUACCUGGCUUACUCAAGUCGAAGAUGCUCAAUCGAGCGACUGGAGAGCGCCCAUCAUUCAUGAAUUGAGCAGUUCUCUUACGGAAGGGAAAAUCAGCCUCAAAGAGUUGAAAAACUUUUUUCUGCUACAUGGAGCAUUAUACUAUCGCAAUCCUGAUGGAUCCAUGUCACGAUGUCUUGGAGACGAGGAAGCAAGUGAACAACUCAAACGCGUACAUGAAGAAAUAUGUGGGCAAACCCUAGUGGUCACACUCUACAGGAGGCUUAAACGGCUCGGAUACUACUGUCCCUCCAUGGAAGCUCAAUCAAGAAUGGUACAAGGAUCCUGUCCCAAUUGUCAUACACCACCUUAUCAUCUGGAAGUCCUGACAAUUCACCAUACUGGGGACUGGAGGGAGCCUUACAUCAAAUAUUUUCAUGAUAACGUUUUACCAUCAGAAAAGAAAGAAGCGAUCAAACUUACCCAAAGGGCCAAACGGUUCGUCUACCUGGAAAGGGUUUUGUGUCGCAAAAGCUUUGGUGGGAACCUGCUGAGAUGCUUGGCCGGACAUGAAAUUCCAAUGAUCUUGAAAGAGAUGCAUGAAGUUCAUGACAAUCCACGAAAGUGGCAUGAGGAAUUGCCCAUGGAUUUAUGGGCCUACCGUACUGCACCAAAGAGUUCAAUUAGGACUUCACCGUAUUCUCUUGUCCAUGGCGCUGAUGUUAUUCUCCCAGCUGAGAUCAAGAUUCCCUCUGCAAGAAUCGCGGUGGCCAGUAGAGUGCAGUAG